GCCUUGGAGACAUGGCGGUCAGCAAUGCUGUGGGGAGUAACGUGUUUGACAUCCUGGUGUGUCUGGGCAUCCCCUGGUGUAUCAAAACCUGCAUCCUAGAGCCAGGCAGCCAUGUACAGGUGUACAGCGAAGGUCUGGUCUACUCCUCCUGCACUCUCCUGUCCACCGUGGGCUUCCUCCUGCUCGCCAUCCACCUGAACAAGUGGACGCUGGACAAGCGGAUCAGCGUGUUGUUCAUGUCGGUUUACAUUUCCUACUCCAUCCUGGCCUCCAUGUAUGAGCUCAACGUCUUCGGAUACUUCCACCCGGAGGAGUGUCCCAGCGACUACUGACCGAUUCAGCUCACGCCACUCGCGACUGGUCAUCUGGCGACUCACGGAACUGGUCGUCAUCUGGCGACUCACGGAACUGGUCAUCUGGCGACUCACGGAACUGGUCAUCUGGCGACUCACGGAACUGGUCAUCUGGCGACUCACGGAACUGGUUAUCUGGCGACUCACGGAACUGGUCAUCUUGCGUCACAAUGACCACUUCAGCUCACGUAAAACACGAUUGGACAUUUGAGGCCACACUGACCACCUCAUCUCACACCACACAACAGAACAUCUCAGUCCGCGCUGACUGGCACAUUGUGCUGCACCCACAGCUGGACAUUACAAUCCACAGAACUGGAUAUUUCAAUCCACACACAACUGCACAUUACAAUCCACAGAACUGGAUAUUUCAAUCCACACACAACUGGACAUUACAAUCCACAGAACUGGAUAUUUCAAUCCACACACAACUGCACAUUACAAUCCACAGAACUGGAUAUUUCAAUCCACACACAACUGGACAUUACAAUCCACAGAACUGGAUAUUUCAAUCC